AUGGGUCUUAUCCAGGGCAACGACGUGUGGGUUGGUCAGUAUAGCCACACGACCAAGGGCGAGAACCGGGUGGCUGCUGCUAUUCGAGAGCAGCGGUUGCGAGAGGAGGAGAAUAAGGCGUCCUCCUCCCAACCCGAGCCGCAGCAGCAAGAUGGGAAAAACACGGAGGGCUUCCUCGACAAGAUCAAGCAAAAGUUCUUGCUCGGACGUGGUUCUGCGACCUGA